AUGGGCGUCCACCAGAAGUUCAUGGAGCGAUUGGGGUCUUUGCAGGAGAAGUUCUAUGAGAACGGCCAGACUGUUGAUGGAUGGAAGCCCCAGGAUCUCGAUAUGUACAAGACUCUUCUUUGUGGUCUACUAAUCAAAUGCGCCGAUAUCAGUAACGUGGCGCGGCCGUGGGAUGUGGCUGAAAAAUGGACCAAGAUUCUGCAGGAAGAGUUCGCCAACCAGGGUGAGAUGGAAAAGGAGGUUGGCAUGGAAACUGCUUUGUUCGGUGGGCCACCAGAACUCGGAAACGUAUACAAACUCGCCAUAGGUCAGAUCGGUUUCAUGUCUAUAUUCGCUCUUCCUCUAUUCGAGGGCGUAGCGGAUAUCUUGCCCGAUAUGCGAUUCAUUGUUGAACAUAUCCGAAACAAUCAGUCCAGAUGGCAUCACCUCGCUGAUUUGGAGAAAAGAAAGCAGAUCUUGUUAGACGAAAGUGGCCCUGAUGACGUGGUAUCUCCUUGUACUCAGAGUCCAGCUGUGAGUUUGAAAGGCUUCAAAGGUCUCCGUGCACCGUUAACGACGAGCGGACCGGAUACUCCUGCCAAACAAUCACCCCCACCCAAUGAAAAUAGUGGCCGGCGCGAAACGGAUUAUUUUGGUGCAGUCCACUCGUCCGUGGAUUCUGGAACCUCGCGCGGGAGUCUUAACGAGAACACCAUUAGUCCUGUCGUCUCUCCGGAUACAGCCGGUCCUUCGAUGGACAUAACUGGAAGUCCUUUGCCCUCCCAAACCCCAUCGCGAAAGUCGUCCAACGCUGUGCCAGACCUUACCAUGGUCUCCAUCGCAGGCGCGUCCCCAGACAGAAACAGGAUUCGGACGGACUCCGGAGUAUCCAAUGGGGCCGCCGACGGCCACUCUUCCCUUGACACGAAUCACUCUUCACGGGACCCCACGGUUCUGGCCGCCGUCAUUUUCUCUAACUCGCGCGAGGACGAUUCACAGGAUCAUUCAAGCGUCCGCGACAGUACGGGGGAUAUCACAGGCGAAAGACCGAGCAGUUCACGCAAUGGUCCGCAAAACUAUCGUCGCCAUCACGCCAACACUAAUUCAUCGGGACGCACAUCUGGCCCAUCGAACUCUCAGCGGAACAGUUGUACCAGAACCCACAGCAUCAGUAACUACAGCAAUAACAUGACUCCUAUUUCUCCUGCGACCAACGCAACCAGUUUCCUUACUGUAGAUGACGGUGAGGACAAGGGCUUUAGCCAGGAAAGCAGUAGCAGGAGCGAUCGUGAAAGUGAUAGGGGCGACGCGCGUCCAGCCUCUUCCAAUAUUGACCGAGAAUCGGAGGGUCGUCCACCACAGUCCAGCCAUACUUCCCAUUCUCAGUCGGAUGAGAUGAACAAGAAUCAUCUUAUGGCGCCCGUGAAAGGGAACGGCAAUGGCUAUUCCAAACAGUCUGCACACCCCCCUGGAAGCCCAAAGCACGACGGCAAUGGUCAGCAAUGGGAUGGGUCCAGCGGCGGAGAGCAGCCAUCGCGCAAGUUGUUGAAACGUCGAAGUCGCCUUCGAUUAGCAUUCUGGAAACGCAAAACCCAUCAUUCUCACCAUCAUGAGCUGAGCGGUGAAUCAUGA